CUGACCCCGGGCCCUCCCCGCCGUCCCCGCCGUCCCCGCCGCCUGCUGGUGGAGUCGGGCCGGAGAGAGGCCCCUCCCCGGCGGAGCGGCUCGGCGCGGAGGAAGCACAGGCGGCGACAGCGCCGAGGCCUCGUCGCGCUCAUGGCGUCGUCCGGAUACUCAGAUUUGGGAGAAGUAACUUCAGAAAUAAAAGCUUCUGAGAGACGAACAGCUGUGGCCAUUGCAGAUUUGGAAUGGAGAGAAAUGGAAGGAGAUGACUGCGAAUUUCAUUAUGGAGAGGGUCCAAAUGAAGCUCAGGAUAGUGACUUUCCAAUAGAGGAGAGGAGCAGACUACAAGAAAUGCUGUUUCUUUUGGGACUAGAGACAUACCAAACACAGAAACUCAGCCUCCAGGACGCCUUACAGAUCAGCAGUGACAGCAUGAAGAACUGGGCUCCUCAGACUCCCAAAGACUUGCCCUGGAAUUUUCUCAGGAAGCUGCAGGCCCUCAAUGCUGAAGCCAGGAAUACCACCAUGGUCCUGGACCUUCCCCUGGACACCAGGCCUGUGGAGAAGGAGAGCCAAAUGGAAGAGGAGAUCAUCUACUGGGACACGGCCGAGGACAUCUCAGCAGACAUCUAUUCCUUCUCCGAGCUGCCAACACCUGACACACCUGUGAAUCCCUUGGACCUUCUCUGUGCCCUUCUGCUUUCCUCUGAUAGUUUCCUGCAACAAGAAAUUGUGUCAAAAAUGUCUCUCUGCCAGUUUGCACUCCCUCUUAUUUUGCCUGACCCAGAAAACCACUACCACACAUUUCUGCUGUGGGCCAUGAGGGGGACUGUGCGGACAUGGGGGUCACAGCCCCCAAGGGUGGUGGGCAGCUUCAGAGAAGACAGCAUGGUCCUGUCCCGAGCACCUGCCUUUGCCUUUGUGCGCAUGGAGGUCAGCAGCAACUCCAAAUCCCAGCUUCUCAACGACGUGCUCAGCCCCAGUCACAGGCAGCAGGACUGUUUCUGGCAUCGGGAUCUGAACUUGGGCACCAACCCUCGGGAGAUAGCAGAUGGGCUGGUAGAAAUUUCCUGGUUUCUGCCCAGUGGCAGGGAGGACUUGGACAUUUUCCCAGAGCCCAUGGCCUUCCUAAACUUGAGAGGUGACAUUGGGUCUCACUGGCUGCAGUUCAAGCUCUUGACAGAAAUCUCCUCGGCCAUAUUCAUCUUGACUGACAACAUCAGUAAGAAGGAAUACAAAUUGCUGUCUUCCAUGAAGGGGUCGGCCACAAAAUACUACUUCAUCCUGAGUCCCUACCGUGGGAAGCGAAACACAAACCUGAGAUUUCUGAACAGGUUAAUUCCCGUGCUGAAGAUGGAUCACUCACACGUCCUCGUGAAGGUCAGCAGCACAGACAGUGUGGGCUUCGUGCGUAGGGUCCGCGCCAUUGUUGCACAUGUGACCCGGUCCCCCUGCAGGAGGGUGUCCGUGGAGGACAUGGCGAACGCAGCCCGCAAGCUGGGGCUGAAGGUCGAUGAGGACUGUGAGGAGUGUCAGCGGGCCAAGGACCGGAUGGAGCGGAUCACCAGGAAAAUCAAGGACUUGGACGCCUACCGCAGGGACGAGCUGCGGCUACAGGGGGAACUUUGGAGAAAGGCGGCCCAGGUGGAGAAGGAGCUCUGCCAGAUUCAGUGGGCCAGCGACCCUCCUGAGAAGUACAGGGCUGAGCUGAGGCAUCGGUUACUGGAACUUCGAAUGCAGCAGAAUGACCAUGACCCUUCCUGGGGGGUCCAGGAGUUCAUCUCGGGCAUCAGCAGCCCCUCCCUGGGGGAGAAGCAGUACUUCCUGAAAUGGAUGGAGUGGGGACUGGCCCGGGUGGCCCAGCCAAGGCCAAGACCAUCUCCAGAGAUGAUUUUUACCCUGAGACCAAAGCACUGUGGGGCCGUGGACUUCAGUGAGCCGUUCUGGCCUGAGCCCCUGGGGGUGGAGCAUUUCCUGCGGGAGAUGGGACAGUUUUACGAGGCCGAAAGCUGCCUUGUGGAGGCAGGGAAGCUGCCAGCAGGGCAGAGGCGGUUUGCCCACUUCCCAGGCUUGGCCUUGGAGCUGCUGCUGAAGGGGCUUCCCCUGGAGCUGAUCGAUGGGAACACCCUGAGCCCCCCCUUGCGCUGGGUCACAGGGCUCCUGAAGGAGCUACACGUCCGCCUGGAGAGGAGGUCGCGCCUGGUCGUCCUGUCAGCACUUGGCAUGCCAGGCACGGGCAAGUCCACCCUUCUCAAUACCAUGUUCGGGCUGCGGUUUGUCACAGGAAGGGGCCGUGGUCCUCGAGGGGCCUUCAUGCAGCUCAUUAAGGUGGCCGAGAGCUUUAGCCAGGACCUGGGCUGUGAUCACAUCCUGGUAAUAGACUCUGGGGGCUUGAUAGCUGGAGUCCGGACCGAGGCAGGGGAGAGGUUUGAGCGGGAGGCUUCCCUGGCCACUUUGAUUAUGGGGCUGAGCAAUGUCACUGUGGUCAGUUUAGCUGAAACAAGGAACAUUCCACCAGCUAUUCUGCAUGCAUUUCUGAGGCUGGAAAAAACAGGGCACAUGCCCAACUAUCAGUUUGUAUACCAGAACCUUCAUGAUGUGUCUGCCCUUGGCUCCAAGCCAAGAGAGCGGAGGCAGCUCCUGGACCAGCCCAGUGACGUGGGCAGAGCCACAGUACAAAUGGAGAAACAGGGUGACGGGAUCCAGACGCUGGCUGACCUGGCCUUUUGGGACCCUGAGAAGCAGCACAUUUGGCACAUCCCCGGCCUAUGGCAUGGAGUGCCUCCCAUGGCCGCUGUGAACUUGGCGUACAGUGAAGCCAUUUUUGAACUGAAGCGAUGCCUGCUAGAAAACAUCAGGAAUGGCCUGUCCAACCAAAAUAAAAACAUUCAGCAGCUCAUUGAGCUGGUAAGACGGCUGUGAGUCAUCAAAAGGAAAGUUCAGCUGCCGGAGGCCUGCUCUGGGCAACCUGUCCUGAUGGGCAUGUCCACGUGGGGCUGUGCCCAGCUUCUGAGAGGGGAGAACAGUGGAAACGGGGCUGGGGUCUGGAGUUGCCUACACAGUGUUAGGGAAGGAAGUUACCUCACAGACCAGCUCAGAGAUGCUUUCAGGAGUAUGACAGCCUGGGGCAGGAGCUAUCGACACAAGCAGUAAAGUCUUUGUCUCUGAACUCGGCAGCCCCUGCUGGUUUGCCUUUUGUACCUCUACCCUCUGUCAUUAGCCUCUGGAGCAGAGAGUGGCUCCUGACAACUGCAGCCCAGGCAGACAGUAAUCAGGGUAGGGCCGGGAAGGUGCCCUGAGGACGCAGGUAGGCCUUCCCACUAGGUCGGCAUGGGCGACCCGGUCCUGCCCACUGAGGGGGUGCCCGCUCUGUGCACGCAUGUAUGGACUGCCCCUGCCUCGGGAGGGCUCCUGCUGGUUCUGUUGCGUCCACAGCACUUUGUUCACACCUCCGCCACAACACUCAACACGUGCAGUGUCUCACCUGUGCAGACGUUUGCCUCUCGCCUAGACCUGUGAGCUCCUUGAGAGUACAUGACCCACAUGUGUACCCCCAGAGCCUGACACACUGCAGGCACUUAAUAAAUGUGUGUUGAAUGAAUGAAA